AUGGCCAAGGCCCUGCAAAGACACCAAGAGCGCCUCGAGCUCAUGGAAAUCCAAAGGCUCAAGAGCCAGUACCAGCAGCAGCAGCAGCAGCAGCAACAGCAGCAGCAGCAGGAGCAGCAGCAGCAGGAGGAGCAGCAGCAGCAGCCGCCGCAGCAACGCCAGCCGCAGCUGCCGCAGCCGCAACAGGUGCUGCAAGAGCAGCAGAUGCUGCAGGAGCAGCAGCUGCAGCAGCAACGCCAGCUGCAGCAGCAGCGGCAGCUGCAGCAGCAGCAGCUAAUGCAGCGGCCCCAAGUGCUGCAGCAGCCGUGCAGUGCUGCUGCUGCUCGCAGCGCGGCGCAGCAGCAGCAAAGAGGGACUCUCAUGGCGCGGCUUCAUCGGCUCUUUAGCGAUCCUGUGCCUGCUGCUGCUGCUGCAGAAGAAGCAGCAGCAGCAGCGGAAAAAGCAGCAGCAGCAGCAGCAGCAGCAGCAGGGCCACCAGCAGAAGCAGCAAAAGUGAGCAACGGAAAGUUUGCAGCAGCUAUGAAGCAACAACAGCAUCAGCAUCGGCUGCAGCAAUUGCCGCAGCAGCAGUUGCUGCUGCAGCAGCAGCAACAGCAGUUGCUGCAGCAGCAGCAGCAGCAGCAGGGUGCAGCCGUAGUGCCCGCCACUCAGAUAUUUCGGAUUUGCUCUGAUGUGGAAUCAAGCCCUGAAAAAUGCAGCAGCAGCAGCAGCAGCAGCAGCAAGGACAUCAGCAGCAGCAGCAAGAGCAGCAGCAGCAACAGCCGUGGAAAAGUUGCUGCAGGUGGGCAGCCGGCAGCAAUCGCCUCUUCCGGUCCCUCAAGCCCGAGCAGCAGCAGCAGCAGCAGCAGCAGCAGCAGCAGCAGCAGCAGCAAUAGUAGCAGCAGCCGAGGGGCGCGUAUAGUGCGCACUCCGUCUGCUGCAGCUGCUGCAGCAGCACCUCGCUUGUCAGCCCCCUCCUCGCCCUCAGCGGCGUCGCCCUCAGCAGCAGCAGCAGCAGCAGCAGCAAGUGCUGCUGCUGCUGCUGCUGCUGCUGCUGCUGCUGCGUCCGCGGGUGCCGGAGACGAGGGCGCUGCGUGCUCUCCCGGCGCGCUGUCGCCCCGCAGCAGCAGCAGCAGCAGCAGCAGCAGCAGCAGCAGCAGCAGCAGCAGCGAGUGCCCCAUUCUGGUGGCGGAGAUCGAAGUGGGGGGCCGGCUGUGUCUGCUGCAGCUGCAAGCCACGGAGCGCUGCAGCGAUGCUGCUGCUGCUUGGGUGGACAGCAGCUGGGGUUUGCUGCAGCGGGAGUGGAGAGCAGCAGCAGCAACAGCAGCAACUUUUCUCGAAAGAAGAAAAGCAGCAGCAGCACUCGAGGCCUUUUUGAAAGAAGUCGAAGAAACAGCAGAAGUGCUUCCCGUCCACGUCCAAAGGCGCUGGGCAGACAUCUUCAACGCCUACAGCAGCAGCAGCAGCAGCAGCAGCAGCAGCAGCAGCAGCAGCAGCGGCGGCAGCAGCAGGCACAGGUGA